AUGUCGAUAAUAUCAGGUCAAGAUGCCCCCCGCAAAAGGUCCAUCGACGAGAUAGACGCUGCCGACGGCGGAGAAGCGCCAUCGUCCGACAGCGACGUUGUCACGAGGAAUGGAGACGACGGCGCCGCACCCCAGGAGCAAGAACACCAAGCACCACCAUCCGAACCUCCCAAAUCCACCCCUCGUAAGCGCGGACGGCCGCCCAAGAACCCCGCCGCCAGCGGGGGCGACACGCCUACUCCCCGAGCGCGCCGUCAAGCAUCCUCCGCACGGACACCCACCAGGGGGGCAGCCUCGACAGCCGACAGCCCGGCAGCUACGCCAACGGGACGGCCGUCCCUCAUCAUCGGAGCAGACCGCUCAGCCAGGCGCAAGAGCGCCCGCGCCCUGAUAGAGCAGGUGGUCGGGGACGGCGACAGCGACGCUUCGGAUGACGACGACGUGGGUGAGGACGGGCUGGCACGCGAGAUCUACGACUCGAGCGACGAAGACGCGGCAGCAGUGUCCACCGACCACGGCGCCGCCGCAGCAGGCACGCCGCCCGAGGCCACGGCGCCCUCAGCGGAGGCGGCAGAGUCGGGAGCAGAGGCAGAGGUGACCCGCCGGCGACGGCGCCAGCAGGUCCGUCGCCGGUCCCCCUCACCUCCGCCGCGCGACCUCCCCCCCCACGAGCAGUACUUUGUGCAGAACAGGCCGGGCCGGCCCAAGACGUCGGACAGGACGCUCAAGAGCGUCGCCCCGCUCUCGCACGACGAGUACUUCUCCGUCCUGCGCGACUACCCGGACCGUCACGCCGGCGACGUGGCCUACCUUGAGGCCCUGCACGCCGAGUCCUUCCCCCAGUGGGCGUUUGAGCUGUCGCAGGGCUUCAGCAUCUGCCUGUACGGCAUGGGAUCAAAGAGGGCCCUCCUUCGCAGGUUCGCGCGCCACCUCGCGCGCCGCCAUCAUCCCCAUCCGGGUGGACAGCCGUCGUCGUCGUCGUCAUCGUCGCCCAUAGUCAUGGUGAACGGGUACGCCCCCACGACUACCGUGCGCGACAUCCUCAGCACCGCAGGUGCGGCGCUGGACCUACGCAUCCCGUCCACCACGCCAUCCUCCAUGGCCCAGGCGUUGCUCACACAUCUCUCCUCGACGUCGGGUCUGCUGACCCUGAUGGUGAACUCCAUCGACGCCGCCCCCCUCCGCCGCCCGACCCACCAGUCCAUCCUCGCCCGCCUGGCGUCCCACCCGCGCGUCCGGCUCGUCUGCUCGGCCGAUACGCCCGACUUCCCCCUCUUGUGGGAUGUGGGGCUCCGCUCUGCAUUCUGCUUCGCCUUCCACGACGCUACCACCCUGUCCCCCUACACUGUCGAAUUGGACGUCGUCGACGACGUGCAUGAUUUGUUAGGCCGCAACGCCAGGCGCGUCAACGGCCGCGAGGGCGUCGCCUUUGUGCUGCGUAGCCUCCCCGACAAUGCCAAGAACCUGUUUCAGCUGCUCGUCGGGGAGGUGCUCAUCGCCAUGGAGGAGGAUGAGUCCUCGCCCCCCGAGGAUGUAGGCGUCGAGUACAGGAUGGUGUAUAAUAAGGCUGUCGAGGAAUUCAUCUGUAGUUCCGAGAUGGCUUUUCGGACACUGCUCAAGGACAAAAAGGAUGCCUUGGGUACGGAGCUUCUAAGCGUCCCGUUUGCCAAGGAUGAGCUCGAAACUAUACUCGAAGACUUGAUGGGAUAG